CGAGAUCUGUUUUUUCAAAGAGCAUCCCGUAAAGAAAAAAGCCAUGGCCGCCGUCGAAGCAAAGAAGCGUAAACGUACCCGUCAAGCGUCCAAAGGCGCCAACAAGAAACUGGCUACCGAGCCCUCCGAAAGUUCGCCUGUUGAGCAAGAAGAAAAGACAACCACUGACAUUCCUACAGAAUCAAACAAUGUCGCCAGUAACGCUCAAGAAAAAGAACCCCUUGAUCUCGAUUUUGACAGUCUUGAUUGUUGCGACGAGACGAAAAAGGCCAUUGCGGAUAUGAAAUUCACGCAAAUGACUCAAGUCCAAGCAACGACGGUGCCUCCCUUGUUGGCAGGUCGCGAUGUCUUGGGAGCAGCCAAAACAGGAUCAGGAAAAACAUUGGCUUUUCUGAUUCCCGCCAUUGAAACUCUUUUCCGAAACAAGUUCAAGGCGAGAAAUGGUACUGGUGUGAUCAUCGUAUCUCCAACGCGUGAAUUAGCCCUUCAGAUCUAUGGUGUGGCACAAGAGCUCUUAAAAUAUCAUCAAAUGACCCACGGCAUUGUGAUUGGCGGUGCGAAUCGAAAAGCGGAAGCCGAUAAACUUGCCAAAGGCAUCAAUCUCCUUGUAGCCACCCCAGGCAGACUUCUGGAUCAUCUGGAGGCAAGUAAUACGCGCGGUUUUGUGUUCCAAAAUUUGCAAGCGUUGGUCAUUGAUGAGGCCGAUCGUAUCCUGGAGAUCGGUUUCGAAGAAGAAAUGUCGCAGAUCAUCCGUAUUUUGCCUAGAGAUCGUCAGACAAUGCUAUUUUCGGCGACACAAACCACCAAGGUGGCUGAUUUGGCUCGCAUUUCUUUGAAGAAGGGGCCUCUUUACAUCAACGUUGAUGAGGAAAAGACCACCGCCACCGCGGAAGGCUUGGAACAAGGCUAUGUUGUGUGUGACUCGGACCAACGGUUUGGUCUUUUACUGUCCUUCUUGCGCAAAAACCUGAAAAAGAAGGUGAUUGUCUUCUUUUCCAGCUGUAAUUCGGUCAAGUAUCACGCGGAGCUGAUGAAUUACAUUGAUAUCCCGGUGAUGGAUCUUCAUGGUCGUCAAAAGCAGCAAAAACGAUCGGCGACGUUUUACCAAUUCUGUGAAGCGAAACAGGGCAUUUUGUUCUGUACGGAUGUGGCGGCUCGCGGUUUGGAUAUACCUGCGGUGGAUUGGAUUGUUCAGUUUGAUCCUGCAGAUGAUCCUCGCGAUUACAUUCACCGUGUAGGACGUACGGCACGUGCGGGUGGCAAGGGUAAAAGUUUAAUGUUCUUGUUACCGAGCGAACUCGAAUAUCUGCGUUAUUUGAAACAAGCCAAAAUUCCCCUCAACGAAUAUCAGUUCCCACGUAACAAGAUCGUGAAUGUGCAGAGCCAGCUCGAGAAUCUGGUGGAGAAGAAUUAUUAUCUUCAUCAGUCAGCGCGUGAUGCAUUCCGUUCGUAUCUGCAGUCAUAUGCAUCGUUUGCGCUCAAAAAGGUGUUCAAUGUGAACGAUUUGGAUUUGGUCAAAGUUGCCAAAGCGUUUGGGUUCAAGGUGCCACCCAAAGUUAAUUUAGAUAUUGCUCAUUAAAAC